CGUAACGAUUUCUGUUGAUUCAAAAUUGCAAUUGAAGGAGUGAAUAUAAAUAACAUGAUUAAAACAAGUCAAUUAUUUACAUUUUGAUGCAUGGUUGAAAAAUUGUUGCUUUGUUAACUGAAUUUUCGUCUCUUAAGUAGAUUGAAGAUUCGGUCCUAUUAGAAAAAUGAUGAAUUCUGGACUUCGUACGAAGAAAGAUGUUGAGCGGCAUGUCGCUGAUGCAUUGAGUAGACUUAACAGCGAAAAUGAAAAAAACCUUCGUGGGUACACAUUUGCUCGAUUAUUCUUCCAAGUGAAAGAUUAUGAAGCUGCAAAAAAGCAUUUAUCUAGCUUCUUGAGUGUACGAGAUAAUCAUGCUCCGGCUCAUAGGUUGAUGGCUCAAAUUUUUGAAGCGACAAAUAAUCCUGAAAGUGCUUUGCAGUCUUACAAACGUUCUUUAGAAAUUGACCCCCAUCAGAUUGAUUUGGUUUUGAAAAUUUGUGAAUUAUAUUGUCAGCUUUCAGUAGAUCAUGAGACAGCUAGGUAUUGGGCUGACAGAGCAGAUCAGCUAUUUCCCCAUAAUGAAAUUGUGUUCAAAUUACGGGAAUGCAUGGUAUCUGCUGAAGGAGAACCUGAUCAUCAGGAGCUUGAAAAUUUGAUUGCAACUGAACUUGCCGCACAGCCAAAAAAUGUUGGUCUCCGAAUUAGACUUUUAAGAUUGUAUCUUGACACUGAAAGAUUAAAGGAGGCUUAUGAGCAUGCAACUCUUAUUGAAAGCAAGAGGCUUUUUCCUUACAGUGUUGAAUGGUAUUAUUUGCUGGGAGACAUAUUUGAAGCAUAUCAAGAAGAAUAUGGGCAAAACCUUGACUCCCAAUUUUACAUAAAUUAUCUAACAGCUUUAGAUCGACUUGUAUUAUUAACAUUAGCUGAACCUCAUUCUUUUUCUUGUGAGAAUGGAAAGAAACAGUAUAGUGUGAAUGAUGCAGCUGCUGUCUUAUUAACAUUUGACCAACUUCUGAAAAAAGCAUCAGAAAAAGAUAUUAAAGAAGGUUCCUGGAUGUAUUUUAUGCAUUAUAUGAAGGGACAACUAUAUUUUUACAUGGCUUCUCUUUUGUUAAAGCGUGCUAAGAUGGAUCAGGGAAAUAAGAAGGAAGCAUUCAAAUUCAGUGCUGGCUUAGCUGUUGUCUGUUAUACUUUCAAGCCUGUAAAUUUGCUUCAAGAAAUGUGGUUUUCCAAUUUAGAAGAUAAUCAGAAAGCCUUCACAAAUUUCUUUCAGCAAGGUUCUUUGAGAACAAGCUUCAUUGGUCAUGUUAUAAUAGACAUGUGUAAAGAAGAUAAAAGCAAAUGGCUCCAGAAAUUAAAAUUAGAAGUUUGUAUAUCUCAGAUCAAAGAAAGAAUAUAUAAUAGAGUUUUCAGCUCUGUAGUUCAAAAAGAUAAAUUACUAUCUUCAUAUUUUAUAUCUGAUUCAACUUUUGAAAACUGUAGUUUAGAAUUCCCAUCUGAACUGGCUUUACAAGAAUAUGAUAAAGCGGCUUAUAAGCUUUGUCCAGACUCUCUUCAUCAUUUAGUGUGGCUUGAAAUGCAAAGGCAUUCUUCAAAUAGCUCAGAACUUAUUGACAAUCUCAUGGAGGUUUUUAAAGGUCUUCAAUAUAGUAACAAAAAUCUGUCUAAAGGAAGUUGCGAAUCUCUUUGUGUUCUGGAUCUUGAAGCCUAUCUUUAUGCUACUGUUUAUCAAGCCCAAUGUAUGAUUGAAAAAAAGAAAGGUUAUCUUAGUCCAAAGAAUCAAGAUUCACAAUUGUCUUAUCCUCCAGAUAUAGCUGAUGCUAUGUGUUCUAAACAGCAAGCAUCCUGGUGGAAAGCUGCUUAUGGUCUUCAUAGUUGUACUAUUAAAGAGAAACUUGGUGAACAUAGAAGAAUAUUACAGCAUGGCUUAGAAGUAAUUAGAGGGAUUGGUAAUCAUGGAAUGGAAGUACAACUAGUUGCAUAUUUAGCACAAAAAUUUGCAAACAAAGCUGAUUCUUUAAUGAAGGAAACAGAGCUUAACAAAGAAAAAUACAAAAUAAAACCUGAUAAUAUCAAAGCUCUGCAGCAACGAGCAAUCCAUUAUUGGAAUAUUGCUUUGGGUAUGCUGGAGAAAAUGUCAUCUGGACAGACUCUUAAAAUUCCCAAGGAACAAGUAUUUUCUGGCAUGAACAAAUGCUUAUCUAAGGAUGAAAUAAAAAAUUUGCAAGAAGACGGACAACUUUAUAUUGCAGUUUGUUAUAUGGACUCGGAUAAACUUGAUGAUGCAGCUGAGAUACUAUCCAAACUUUCAAAUCCUUAUGGAUCUUAUUAUUUGGCAUUAAUUUUACAAAAAAUGGCUGCACAAGAAGAGAAAUUUUCAAGUACAAAAGCUGUUCUGUUGACAAAGGCAAAAAAUUCCAUUCAUGAUACCAUGGACCGUAUCAAAGAUGAUAAAAGCCACCCAUUGAAUAAAGAAAUAUAUCUUGUUUUAGAAGAUAUUGAGAAUGAGCUUGCUAAUGAAUUAUCCAUAAAUAAUUCUCAACAUGUGGAUGAAGAUGAAACUGAUAGCUAUGAUACUUCUCCAGUAUAUAAUAGCUCUAUGUACAUGACACCUAAUAGCCAUAAAUCUGCUAUGCAUAGUACGCCUCGACCUCAGUUUGUAAUUCCUAAGUCAAGAACAGAACGGAACAUUGAUAUCUCUCAUAAGCAUUUUGAACCAAGUCCAGAAAGAUUGGAUGCCCAAAUAAGAGCACUUGCUUUAAAUCAGGACACUGUUGUAAAAACAGUUUUAGAGCAACAGAAAACAAUUUUAGAGCAGCAGAAAUCAUUUUUGGACACUAAUAGAACAAUAGCAGAUACACUAAAACAAAAUACUGAAGUUUUAGAGCAAUUAAAGAAAUUGAUGGAAGAGCUAAAGGUAUCUGAUUUAAGAAAUCAGUCUAAAGGCUCAACUAGGAAGGCUAGCUAUCCUAAAGGAGUAACUGAGGAAGAGGAUUAUGGCGAUUAUGAUCCUAAUAGUCUCCUAGAAUUCUAUACUGAGGAAGGUAAUGAAGAUUAUAGAAAUUCUGCGUACGGUUAUAAUCCUUCAUCACGAAUGGUUCAUGAAGCAGCAGCAUCUUUGAAUUAUGUAAUGUCACCAGCGAUUCCACCUGGUCCACCACCUGCACUUAAUCACUAUAAUUACCAAUAUCCUCCACAUGCUGUUCUUCCUGCUCCACCAAUUGCUGAAAGAGCUCCAUUUUAUCAUCCACCACCUGGUCAAGGUCUUCCUUUUAGUGAAGGGCAACAGUUGCCCCAAUUUCAUUUCCAUGUUGCUUCCUCUGGAGUAAAACCUCCACCUCCUGUCAUGAGCAGUGUUGCAAGCAUUCCUCAAGGUAUGUCUUUACCUCCACCACCACCACCUCCUCCUAGUCUUCAUCCACCACCACCUGUCAUUCCUCCUCCAAGUACAUCGUUGCCUAUGCCUAUGCCUAGUCCAUGGUCGAAAACAGCUGCUGGAGUACCUCAUAACUUUCAGAUACCUCUUCCCACAUCAACUCCUUUCUCUCAGUCAUCAAAUGUUGUUCCUCAAAUGGUUCCUCCAACAGUGUCUAGUGCCACACCUGUAACAACUCAGUCAACAUUAAAAAAUUUGCUGAUGAAACCACCUCCAGCACCUAGUCUAAGUAAUCAGAGCCAACAGUUGACUUCAACUCCUACAACUGCUACUUCUACUAAUGUAUCGAUCUUCACUAAUAUCUCAAAAACACCAGACACUUCUGGUCAUGAACGUUCUAGAUGCGAUAGUGAAAAUGCUACCAGUCCCGAUGUUGAUGGCGAUAUAGAGAGGGAAGUCAUGGGUGACUUUAAGCCUUUAAUUCCAUUACCAGCUGAAAUAGUUGUUGAAACAGGAGAAGAAGAUGAAGAGGUAUUAUUUGAGGAUCGAGCCAAACUGUACAGGUUUGUAGAUCAAGAGUGGAAAGAGCGGGGUUUAGGUAUAGUCAAAAUCUUACAUCAUAAUUCAAGCAGAAGAGUUCGUCUUCUAAUGAGAAGAGAGCAGGUAUUGAAAGUUUGUGCCAAUCACUAUAUAACUCCUGAUAUGGAAAUACAUCCCUUGAAAAACUCUGAUCGAGCAUGGACUUGGGUAGCUCAAGAUUUUGCAGAUGAAGAGUUGAAGCCUGAGCAUUUUUGUAUACGCUUCAAAACUGCAGAACUUGCAGCUGCAUUCAAAGCUGCUUUUAUUAAGGCAGUAAAUAUAGCUAAAGAUUCAGGAACAAGAAAUUUAAGCAAUUCCAAAGUUUCUACAACUGACACCCUUGGUAUAUCCAAACCAUUUGGAAUGAAAUUUGCUCCUAAAGUAGGGUCUUGGUCUUGUCCUACUUGCUAUGUUAGUAAUGCAGCAGAGAAGUCCUUUUGCGUUGCUUGUGAAACAGCAAAUCCUGUUGCAUCACAAAACGCCACAUCUACUACAGUUACUGUUCCAUCUGAUGUAUCUAAAUCUACCUUUUCUUCUAAAACAACUUUACUUGAACCAUUUUCAUUUAAUAUAUGUGGGGUUCAAUCUGAUAACAGUUCACUUUCUUCUAAUAUACCAGUGACAACAUCUUCCAAUACUGGAAAAAAUGUUUUUGGUGGUUUUACAUUUUCAUCUUCUCCAACAAUUCGUGAAACUGAAAGCCCUGAAGCUAAAGAUAGAGAAAUUCUUGUAGUUUCAACUAAAUCUAAAAAUGGCCCACAAGUCACUAAAGUUACACCAAAUUCUAGUCCAUUUUCAACUUUCUCUUUUGGUAAAUCCCCACCUGUUUCUUCGAAUGUAACUGUUCAGUUGCUGGGCAAUACAAGAACUGUGACAGCUACAGAUGAAAAGACAGCUCCAUUUGGAAGUGGAUUAUCUAAACCACUUUUUCCAGUUUCAUCUUCAAAUAUUCAGUCUAGUGCAAUUACAUCAUCUUCUAAUGAAAAUAGUCUUUCAAAGAUGCAAGCUAUGGUUCAAAAUAUAGCUCCAACAUAUACAUUUGAAUCAAAAGAUGCCUCUAAGAAUACUAGCCAAACAUCUGUUGAAUUAGGCAAACAAUCUGAUUUGACCUUUAGUUCAACUGUUUCUCCUAAUAUUAGCAAAUUAUCAACUGACAAUAGUCCAGAAGAGUUUGUUCCUACAGCUGAAUUCAAACCAGUAGUUCCAUUACCUGCUUUAGUUGAAAUCAAAACUGGUGAAGAGAAAGAAGAAGUACUCUUUGAAGAAAAAGCAAAACUUUUCCGUUAUGAUUCAGAGUCAAAAGAAUGGAAAGAACGUGGAACUGGUGUAUUGAAAAUUCUAUAUUCAGAAGAGAAUAAAAAAUAUCGCAUCUUAAUGCGAAGGGAUCAGGUGUUGAAAAUUUGUGCUAAUCACAACAUUCUUCCUGGGAUGAAACUAUCACCAUUAGCUAAAAGUGAUAAAUCAUGGGUAUGGUUUGCUCAAGAUUAUUCUGAUGGUGAUUUAAUUGAAGAAAAAUUUGCUGCUAGGUUCAAAAAUGCUGAAAUAGCUCAAAAAUUCCAGAGUGUUUUUGAAAAAUGCCAGGAAGCUUUGAAAUCGGUUUCUCCUGAAAAUUUUUCUGAGGGAACAGAAGAAUUGCCUUCCCAUGAAAAAGUACCUAAUAUAUCCACUACUGAUAAAUUUGGUGGUAGUAGUGCAAUUGGCCAAAUAGGUCAACUCUUUAAACCGCCUAAUUUAUGGAAUUGUUCUAAUUGUCAUCAAGUAAAUAUGAAUGUAUCUUCUUGUGCUUAUUGCAAGACACCGAAUACCAGCAAUGUGCAGAAACAAGAAAAUGUUACUCAAAAGCCAUUAUCUGAACUUUUUAAACCAGCUGCUGGCUCAUGGGAAUGUAAAAAUUGUUAUGUAAGGAACAAAUCAACUGCUAAUAAAUGUGAGUCAUGUGAAACUCCUAAGCCAAAUACUUUGAAACAAGAUUAUAACUCUGUACAACAGGACUUCUCAAAAUCUAGUAGUACUGCAUCAACGACAGACUCUCAGAAAUCUUUAGCUGACAUGUUCAAACCCAAGCCUGGGUCGUGGGAGUGCCAAAGUUGCUUAGUUCGUAACGAUGCAGAUAAAACUAAGUGUGUAUCUUGUGAUACACCAAAGAGUGGAUCUACUUCACUUUCAUCUACAGAAUCAACUAGUGUAUUAUCAAAGUUUCAAUUUGGCUCAUCAGAUACUUCUUCAGCAUCAACUUUUCAAUUUGGAAAACCAAAAACUAGUGAAUUUGUUUUUGGCAUGAGACCAGUAGCUCAACCAACAACAUUUUCUUUUGGCCAUUCCACAAUUACCAAUAAAGAAAAUGAGACAAUUGGUUUUAAACCUACUCUUCCUGCCACUGACAGUCCUGCAAUUUUUGGUGGUGUAACUCAAAAGACCCUUAGUGAGAAAAAUGAUUCCACUAAAACUUCCUCGACUUCAGUAUUUGGUAACUUUUCAUCUCCAUUUACAUUUGGAUCAACUACAAUUUCCCAAAAGUCUGAUUCUGAAACUGUAGGUUUUCAGUUUGGUAGUCCACAAAAGUAUGAAUUCAAUUUUACAGGAGUGAGACCAAAGAGCCCUACAAAAGCACCAAAAUCUCCCCGCUCACCUGGCUCUCCUUCAGAUGGGGAUGAUGAGGAAGGAAGUGAUUAUGAAGCUGACAAUAUUUAUUUUCAACCUGCUAUUCCUUUACCUCCAAAAGUGGAUGUUAAAACCGGAGAAGAAGAGGAAAAUGUUCUUUACUCUCAGCGAGCAAAAUUGUUCCGUUUUUCAUCAGGUGAAUGGAAAGAAAGGGGUAUUGGUGAUAUUAAAAUUUUGUUUGAUGAUAAAACAAAAAAAGCACGCCUUUUGAUGCGGCGUGAACAAGUAUUAAAAGUCUGCUUAAAUCAUUACCUUACAAAAGACUUAAAAUUUGAAAAGCGUGGAGAUAAAUCAUGGAGUUGGACUGCCACCGACUUUUCAGAAAAUGAACCUUCACCUGAAUUAUUAGCUCUUAGAUUUAAAACAAGUGAGUUGGCAGAGGAAUUCAAAGAAGCUAUUGAUGAUGCUUUAAAUAAAAUGGAGUCUUUACCUGUCAGCUCAUCAGAUACAGCUGUCAGUAAAUCAGCUACUCUAUUUUCAUUUAAAAGUGAUUUUACUACUCCUUCCAAAGUUGAGUCAAAUUUUAAUUCUGGUUCGCUUUCAUCUCGAUUUGGUACAACUAUGCAGGAUAAGCCAGUGUUUGGAUCAAGUAAUUUCAGUUUUUCAAAUGCAAAAGAAGGCUCUUCCCCAUUUUCAUUCUCAUUUCAGGAUAAAGUUCCUGUAACUUCUGCUUUUUUCAGUCAGCCAUCAAACUUUUCUUCAGAAGACAAAACUAAAAAGGAAGGUAUAACAUUUACUUUUGGAUCAUUAUCAAAAGAAACAAAUGUUAGUACUGUUGAGGAUGACAAUAUCAAGAUAGUUUAUGAAGCUGUUGCUCCUGCUGAUAAAAUUGCUGCUGCUGAAAAAUUAAAAUUGCCUAAAAAUUUCUAUUUAUAUGAAAACAAAUCGCCUUGUCCUGGAUGCAUAGGUUGCACAGAUACCAUACCUCCUCGCAAAGGUCCUUCAGCUGAGGAGCCAGAAGAAAUCUCAACUGCACCAGCUACAACUGAAGAAUCUUCAAAACCAUCUGCUACGAGUAAAGAUAGUAGUGGGCCAUUUAGUAGUUCAAAAUUAGCUUCAUUUUCUUUUGCUGAUUUAGCCAGUAAAGCAAGUUCUGAAGGUCUGGCAAAACCUUCAUCUAAUACAAAUAUUUUUGCGGGUGCUGGUGCUCCAGUCUUUUCAAACUUAAACACCUCUGCUGAAGAUACAGAUGAAGUUGUUCAAAGUGCUGAUAUCCAUUUUGAACCAGUGAUCCCCUUACCUGAUUUAGUUGAAGUGAAAACCGGGGAAGAAGAUGAAGUCCCUAUUUUUGUUCAUCGUGCUAAGUUAUUCCGGUUUGAUGUCAACACAAAGCAGUGGAAAGAGAGGGGUAUAGGAGACAUAAAAAUUUUAAGUCAUAAAGAGAAAGUUCGAUUCCGCAUUAUUUUAAGGCGUGAUCAGGUCCACAGUGUUGCCUGUAAUCAUUGUAUUACAAAAGAUAUGUCAUUAAGUCCAAUGGCUACUAGUGAUACUGCCUUGUGUUGGAAUGCAGUGGAUUUUUCUGAUGGUCCUGACGGUGAAGCUACACAGUUUGCAGUCCGAUUCAAACUCAAGGAAACACUAGAUCAAUUCAAACAAGUUUUUAAUGAUUGCAAGGAAAAACUUGCUAAUCCAGACAAUGUAUGCAUCUCAGAGAAGGAAAAAGUUACAGAUUUAAAUUCUGCUGCAUCAGCAGAAAAUUCAUCAAAUGAUGUUGGAAAAACAAAAUCUACUUCUGAAAAUAAUACAAGUGCUGAUAAUCAUACUACAAAAGAUAUUAAGCAUGAACCUGAGUCUGAUUCUAAAAAAAAUUGGGAAGAAGAAAUUGAAGAUGAUGAUGAUGAUGAUGAUGAAGAACCUGAAGUUCUUUUUGAAAAGAGGGCAACUUUAGAAAUAUUUGAUGAAGCAAAAGGAGCCUUUAAGCCUGAAGGAGUAGGCUGUCUGAAAAUUACUUAUGAUGACACAGUUUAUGGAUAUCAUAUUGUGAUGGUUGAUGACAAAGGUAGAACUAUGUGUGAUCACAUUAUUGCUGUUCAGACUUGUUUAAGAGUUGAAGGGAAGAAGGCCAUUUGGGCUGCUCUUGAUCUUAGUGUAGAACCUGUGACUCGAAGGCAGUUUCGUGCUACUUUUAGCUCUCAUGAAGCCUUAAAAGAAUUUAGCAAAUGUUUUGAAGAGGGAAAAGAAAUUGCCAUAAAAUCAGAAAUCAUAGAAAAGGCUGAUUAAUUCAUUUGGUAAACUGAUGUGAUCAACUUUGAAGUAUGUGAUAAGUUCAUGCUGUUAUUUAUAUUACGUAACAUUUGUGAAGAACUCUUUUAGAAUGUGUAAAAAAUUGUUAUUUUUAUUGAAUUUGUAAACUUAAUUCUUCAGCAUUUGUUUAUAUUAAAUUUUGAUCUCAUUAGAUGAAAUUUUAAAGUGUUUACAAUAUUUUGUAUGUGUGUCUAAUGUAAUUUCAUUUUUUCCUCUAAGUUCAUUAAUAAAGUACAGUAAAUUGUUAAUAUAAAUUGAUUUACUGCUGCAUUUUAUUAGUAAAUGCCAUGCAUUAUUGUUACCAUUUUGAUUAAAAUACAAGCAUGUAAAUAUUGAAAUUUUUUUUAAUCUUUUGUAGGAAUCAUGAUUAGUAAAAUUUAAGUGAGCUUAAAAUCAUUUGAUCUUAGUUAAUUUAAUAAUUGACUACAGAUCAUUGUUUUUUAUAAUAUCUUUAAAACAACAUUAGUUUCUAUUAGUUUGUUACAUCACUCAUUAAGAUAUACAAAGUUCGUAAAUCUUUUCUUAUAUGAAGUAAAUGUCUAAGAAGUAAAAUAUUCUAUAGUUAUUCCUGCACUCAUAUCAAUAAGUUGAGAGAUUAUCUUCAUACAAUAGUUCCAAAACUUGUAGCUGAAUUGCUUGAAGAUGAUUCGUUUUUGCCAUCUGAUUUGGAUUUUUGAAGAGGAACUGUUGAAGCAAAAGAGAAAUUUGAUUCCAUAAGCAUCAUUUAUAAUCAAAUAAAACUGCAAAUUCAAGUUUUAAAGAUUUUAUUCUUACCUUGAUCAAGUUGGUGGAACAUUUCUUCAAAGUAGGAUAUUACUAUGAGAACUGAAUAAAUCUAGAAAUAUUUUUUUAAUUUUGCUUUAGUAUUUUCUUAAUAAAUUUUUCAAUUUCUAAUUUUAACUGCAUUUGACUGACCAGUUUUUAUUACAAAUGCAUUUUCUAUAUAUUUACAUCAUGUAUUCCAUGUCAUAUGAGAAGCAACAUAUUAA